CCAUCUAGCACUACUGCACACUCAAGUUUCGAAAUAUCAAGCUGCCCUCAUACAACGACAGGCUUACAUAAGAAUCUAACGUUACAGGCGAGCGUUUAAAAGUAAACAUGAACCACAAAUGAGUUAGCUAACAAACGAUAUUGCUUGAUCCAGCUAGCUAACGUUAGUCUACUUGUCACAUCCUCUGCUUGCUAGCCACGAUGUAACGCUAACAACAAUGUAGCUAGCUUGACUGCUGCCAACAACAACAGAAGGUGGGUCUACUACCUGAAAAGAUCAUUCAUUAAUGAUGGCAAUACCAAUAGCAAUACUAGAUUGUGACUUACUGCUUCAUGGAAGAGGACAUAAAACACUGGACAGAUUUGACAUAGACUCUGUUUCGGACGAAUUCCUGUUGACAACAUUUGGUUUCCCAAGAGAGUUCAUUUACUACUUGGUGGAACUGUUGCGGGACUGCCUGACGCGACGCACACAGAGAUCAAGAGCCAUCAGUCCGGAUGUACAGAUUCUGGCUGCUCUCGGAUUUUACACAUCAGGGUCUUUUCAAAGCAAAAUGGGAGACGCUAUAGGCAUCAGCCAGGCCUCCAUGAGUCGCUGUGUUACAAACGUUACUAAAGCGUUGAUUGAGAAGUCAGCAGAAUUCAUUUGUUUUACUAGAGAUGAUUCCACCAAACAGCAGUCCAAAGAGGAGUUUUACAGGGUAGCUGGAAUACCUAAUGUCAUAGGCGUAGUAGACUGUGGUCAUAUAGCCAUCAAAGCCCCCAAUGCUGAAGACUCAUCUUAUGUUAAUAAGAAAGGCUUUCAUUCAAUUAACUGUCAGAUUGUUUGUGAUGCAAGGGGACUUUUACUAUGCGCUGAGACACAUUGGCCUGGGAGUCUGCAGGAUGAAUCCAUAUUUAAACAGUCUUCUGUCUUAAAGUAUUUUGAAGAGCAAGACAAGGAUGAAGGCUGGUUAUUAGGAGACAACUGCUACCCACUGAAGAAAUGGUUAAUGACACCUGUACAGAACCCAGAGGCUCCUGCUGAUUACCGCUACAACCUUGCCCACACAUCCACACAUGAGAUUGUUGAUCGCACAUUCAGAGCCAUACAGACAAGAUUUCGUUGUCUAGAUGGCUCCAAGGGCUACCUGCAGUACUCACCUGAGAAGUGUGCUAACAUAAUCUUAGCCUGCUGUGUUCUCCAUAAUGUCUCACUUCAGUCAGGACUAGAUGCUUGGACCUUUGAGAGGACUGAGGCCAAAGACCAAUCUGAUGAAAUGACUGAACACCCAGACACUGUGGACUCUGAGGCACACAGAAUACGUCAGGAGCUCAUUCUCAAUCACUUCAGCUAAACAUGGUAUUCUUUGCAAAGAUCGGGUUCAGGAAUAGUCUUGCAUUUUAUGGCGAUAAGGGAUAGUUCACCCAGAAAUUAAAACUGGGUAACCAUCUAUUCAGCCCCAUGCUAGAGACCUACAGUGUUGCCCUAUGGUAGAGAACAGGGUUACCAAGACAGAAGUCAAGACGCAUCAAUCUAUAAUGGCCAUGUAGGAUUUAAGGAAGUCCACAUAGAGGUCAAUCGAACUUUUACACUAAAUGAGACUUUCUAACAUCAUUUUAUUUAGAAUUAAAUCACAAAGAAUUCACACACAAAAAAAUCAGUUUGUUUACCAAAAAUGCAUACCGUAGGCCUGUUUAAAUGGAUGCUCAUUCCUGAGAUCCCUGUUGCAUAUGUUUGGUACAGAAUAAAGAAUUGAAGUGCU